AUGUCUACUCCCAGUUCCAAAUCGAGUAAUUACAAAUCAGAUAAUAAUCCCAUGACUGAUCUGCUCCAUUGUAUGAUUUGCUUUUCGAGGCCUGCUGGUCGAAAUAAGUUUUUCAUUGCAAGUUGUGGACACACGUUCUGUCACGCUUGUGUAGCGGAGAAUCUCAGUCAUCCCUGGUCAAAAUGUAAAAAAUGUGGAAAAGAAGGAACCCGUCUCUUGGAGAUUAACUCAUCUCUACCACCUGAGGUUCGAGAACUAUUCUUGCCUUUGGACCAGACCCUGAAUACCUUCAUAAAAGAUAUCAACAGAACUCUAGACUUCCAAAGCGGGCAUAGGAAUCGUAUGAUGAAACAGCUCCGUGCAAAAAAAGAACAACUUGAGAAAUUAGAACACUUUUGCAAAAUUGAAAUGAAAAAGAAAGAAGCUUAUAAACAAGAAAUGAUUAAGCUGCAAGAGUUUAAAAAAAAGGCUGUAAGUGUGAUGCAAGAAUUGAAGAAGCAGAACGAAAUGACGGAAAGAAAGAAAGGCCCUCACAACGCCACUAUUCUAGCAUCAAACUUCCAAACACCUGGUCCGGGCAAGCACCGUAGUUUUGUCACUUCCACACCUAUUGUUAAUGAUUCUGUGAAUGUGUCAGGAAGCGAUAUCAGUAUGUCCUUUUCUGCUGCUACAGGAUAUGCAAUCUCUGAUGGUUGCGGAGAUGACGUUGACAUGUUGGUGAAUGGAACUUCCAACUGUAAAAUCUCUUCCAAGAAAUCUGAAAACUCUUCAAUGUUGUUGAAUUGUUUACCUCCUCUUUCUAAAAAGCGCUCAAUAGAGCAACCGAAGUUUGUUGAACUUAAAACACACCCAACCCCUCCUACGUUUAAAACCCCAAUUGUUAAAAAGACUAGACUAGAUGUAGGUGCAAGGUCUCACCCUCUAUCUUUCAAAGGAUUCUGA